AUGAACUCGCAAAUUAGUUCUAAAGCAUCUGAUGCCCUCCAAAGUAUCUGGGAUGAUGAGCUACAGGUCUUGGAAGAGGAUGAUUGCUCGCCUCAAGUCCCAAAGAUGACCAAGCAGUUCUCAAAUACUCUUAGAGAGAACAAAGGUAGCAUCAGGAAGGCAGACUUUGGAUGAUUUUGCCUGAACACCAGUCAAUCUGGGGCAGUUAUUGAUGAAGACGAUUCUUCAAAGAUGUUUAAGGAUAAAGAAAGAGAUCAAAUAGAGUUGAAUUUAACUAAGCGGAAAAAAGUGAAGCUUCAGGGUUAUGCCUCUAGCUUAGUUUCAAAUUCUGCUACUUUAACUUUAUCCAAGAUGAAGCCUGCUCUUCUGCGAAAGAUUCCAUCGAUCAAGAUCAUGGGAAGCUUGUUGAGAUAACUUUGAGCAUCUGCUCUAAAUAUAAAUAACUUGUUAAUAAUAAUCUGAAC